UUUGAUUUUGAUAAAAAAAUCCUAUUUGUAACAGGGAUUUUUCCGAAUAUUACCAGUAACUGUGAUUAUCAACUAGACGGUAAAGUCCUACUUUUGCCGAUUAAGGGAUCCGGCAAAAGUAAAGUCGUUGCAAAAAAUUUAGCUGUGGAUGCUGUUUCCAAGUUCGAAAAAUAUAGAAAAAAUAUCAAAACUUUUAUCAAAAUCACUGAAACUGGUCUGAAAGUGAACCCAGAACGGGUGAUUUUCAAUUUCGACAAUUUGUUCAAUGGUGAUAAGACACUAGGUGAUAACAUAAACCAACUCCUUAAUGAUAAUUGGGAGAAAGUUUUUAAUGACGUGAAAAGUGGUUAUAUUGCAAUCGUGAGCAAAAUUCUCACGAGUUUAUUUACGAAUUUUUUUGCAAAAGUGUCACUCGAGGAAGCUUUAGACUAAUUUUUCAACUCACUUAAUAUCCUAGACACUGCACAAGAACAUAUUUAUUGUAAACUAAUGAAAUACUUCGACUGAUUGCCUCACUGUUACUUUCAGUAUGAAUUAAAGUAAAUGUAGUGUAAUUACCUGUUGAAUAAUCAUAAUACAAUAAAACAUU